AUGUACAUCUUCGGAACUAGCAGUCGACGCGCUGACCCGCCCCGGUCGAAAGGAGACCUGUCUGGGCUCAACUCAGCAAAAAGCCAGUCGUGGACGUCAGAAGGGGCAAGCAAGAUCUCUCUCGCUCAGUCUCUCGGCAGCUCAAGCGGGUCUCCACAGAGAAGGCAGUCUUACGAGAGCCCGGUGACCACUGUUGGGGAGGUGACACCAGCCAGAAGCUGGACCAGCUCGCACUACGAGAGUCCUCAUGCCGGCUUGGGCACGAGAACGUUUUUCGGCACAGCGCCUCCCCUUCAAGAGGGGCCGCCGAUUCUCUUCACAUCGCCAACCCCACCACCAUCACUGCUGCAAGGGGCGCCGCCCGCAGCUCCCAUGAUGAUGUCACCAGUCUUCAGUGGGCCUCCCUGCGCAGCGCCAUCACAGCCUCCGAAUAUCUCAAUGUGCAGCUUUCAAGCUCCUCCGCCACCGCCUGCGGCAGCUCCAAAGAUGGCGCCGCAGCUAUUUCACACGGAUUCGGCUGCUUCGCUGCAGCACAGCACAGCAGCCAACCCCCAGGGCGACCUGGGCGACCAGAGCUCGAAGUCCGAAGUCGCGAAGGAGGCUCCGAGCCCGGAGGAGAAGGAAGAGGUCAGCCGAUUCGAUUCCAAGUCUUCACGUCGGAGAUGGGCAGAUAUUGUCAACGACUCAGAUGAUGACGACCCCUGGAAUGUCAACACGAGUGUGGGAGCAACGCCCAGCUCCUGUAGCUCACCGGUGCCGAGCAGCCAGGAGCCGUCGUCCGCGCAACCAAUGUGCACCACGAGCGCCGACACGGCGCCUCCUGGAUGUUCGGAAGAGCCUGCCACCGAAGACAACACUGAAAGCACGGAGGAAGUGCUGGAGCCUCUGCACGAGGAAAUGGAAACUUCGCUAGCUCCGAAGCCGGAGCCCGCAUCCAGUGAAGGGAAGCGAGCAAAGCCAAGCUGCGAAGACCAGAUCACAUCCAUCAAAGACUGCGCGGCAGACUUCCCUUGUUUCGAGAUCGAUUGCUCGCAGGACUCUGUGGCUCUCUCCACGGUGGCGGACAGCAUCGACUGCAUGAGCUCGAUUGCAGAUUGCCCAGAGGCGGACAUCACCGAAUCCUUGCCAGACGUCGUCGGAGAAGCAGCCAGCCUUGGAGGUCUUGGCAGCGCUGUGAAGAAGAGGAAAAAGAAGCCAGCAAAAAAGAAGAAGACGGAUGUUGUAGAGCUGAGCAGGACUUCAUCCGUCGUCAGCGAGGCUCCCUCCCGUCGGAGCUCCCGAAGCGCACCCUCCGAGACUGCCAGCACGACCAGCGCCGCAGGCAAGCGCUCUGCAUCCAAGUCGCAGUCCGGCAAGAGGCCUGACACCUCUCAGCAGCAGGGUGCCUUUCCGUCGGCAAAGCACGUAUCGCAGUUUCAAGCCGGGUUGGCUAGCUGCGCAUCCGCAAUUUGUGACAACCCUCGGUGGGCGAUCCUGAUGCUGUUGGCCGCAGUGGUUUUUGGUGGAAAAUGCUGGCUCCGGAUCCACGGUGUGGAGGAUGCGGAAGAUACCCGCAUCAGGCGAAUGUACUGA